UUAAGUAGUGAAGGCAGUUCCACCGGGGGGAAGUUUGGCUCAACGUGUAGCUGCUAGCUGCUCCGCCGGCCGCUCGCCGACACAGUGGCCGGGUUACUGCGACACCGCCCUCGGACUCGUGAGGCGCACAUGCUCCACCAUGGAGGCUCUCCGCGCGGCUCUGUGCGUCUUGUCCGUGUUCGUCGCUGUGCUCCCGGAGAGGUUGGUGGUGCUGGCGUCCUUCUCUCAGUCCGUGGACAGCGACUUCACGUUCACCCUGCCCGCCGGCCGGAAGGAGUGCUUCUACCAGACCAUGAAGAAGGACGCCUCGCUGGAGAUCGAGUAUCAGGUAUUGGAUGGUGCAGGUCUCGACGUAGAUUUCACAAUCACCUCUCCCUCGGGUCAAGUGGUGUUUAGUGACUACCGCAAAUCGGAUGGGGUGCACACUGUCGAAACUGAAGGCGGAGACUACAUGUUCUGCUUUGACAACACAUUCAGCGCCGUCUCUGAGAAGAUAAUCUUCUUUGAGUUGAUCCUGGACAAUAUGGAUACAGAUACAGAUCCAGAUGACUGGAAGGAGUAUGUUCAAGGAACAGACAUGCUGGACAUGAAGCUGGAAGACAUUAUGGACACCCUCAACAGUGUUAAGGCUCGGCUGGGCAAAAGUGUGCAGAUCCAGACGGUGCUGCGGGCGUUCGAGGCUCGUGACAGAAACAUCCAGGAGAGUAAUUUUGACAGGGUGAACCUUUGGUCGGUGUUAAAUCUCAUUGCCAUGAUGUUGGUGUCUGCGGUUCAGGUCUACCUAGUCCGCUCGCUGUUUGAAGAUAAAAGGAAAAUUCGCACAUAACACUGCCCCAAAUGGAGGGACAGAGACAGAGAGAGAGCGAAACUAACGCACUUGCCCACAGAUACCGUUAGGAUGUUUUUUUUGACUCUUAACACAAGAUACUGUCUGUACACAAACAUGCAGGCACACAUACACAGAAAUACUAAUAUUAUUAAUAACAAAUUUGCCACAAUUGUUAAUCUUGCCUUCAGCCCGCUGGAGUUUGAGCAGGAACUUAUAACUGUCAUGCCCCUUGACUUUGUGACCUCAGUCUCUUUACCACAGGAAAGUCCCUUUGUCUCUCUCCUUUUAUUGUUGUUUGUUAUUGUUUUAUAGUCCUUCUUCGCUCAUGUAAGUCUUCAAAGUAAGCGAUAAUGCUGGCAUGUUUAUGGUGUGACUAUUUUUCUACCGGAGCCUAAAAUGACAAUGCCAAUUGCAAAAACGUCUUCUUUUUCUUCCGCCUUUUACAAAAAUUUGUUUGCAAAAUUGAUCAAAAUGAAGAAAGGGUAUGGUGUCGUGAAGUAUCUGAUAAUUAUUUUUUUGUCUGGGAAUUGCAACCAAUCUGCCAUCAUGUCUUCCCAUACAUUAGAUUUUCUUAAAAAUGUACCCGUAUGCCACUGAAAUGCCUUAUAGAGUUGUAAUUUAGCUGCCAAACUUUUGUCAGUGUGUGAGGCCUUUGAAUAUUUCUCCCAUUGUCAUGAAUAUUUAUGUUGUUGACAAUGUCACUUUCCCUUUAAAGACAAUACUGUAAGGUUCGGUUUUUAGGCAGGGCCACUUUGCUAAUACUGCUCUUUGAUACCCGAGGGUAAAACGGAACUGGGCCUUCUCCAAAUCUCUACCCCACCCUGGCACUUCUGCCCUGCUCUCCUUUGUUAAGACUUGUAGCCCUGAGGCCUAAAUGGUGGCCAGCUCUGCUACCCUCUGCUGUGAAGUGGCGGGUGUCUGAUUUCAGCCACCUACUGCGGGAAGAUGUUGAGGCUGCCUUGUCUGUCUGGUGACAGAAGUCUAUUUCUAUCUUACGGACACCUGCAAGGUCAUUACCACUACUACAUGGGUGCACUGCUCAGUUUAAUAUGCACGAGCCAUUCAAUCAGUGGUUACAUCAGCAUUUUUUUAAAGUCUGUGUAUUUAAUCUUUUUUUUUUUUUUUUUGCAUUUUACUAGCCAAACUAAUCUCCUCAAUGCAGUGCCACUGAUGCCACAGAACAACCUAUUUCUUUUUUUUAUGUUCACAUAUUUUUCAAACAUAAUUUAACAUUUUGGGUUCUGGAGUAUUCUGUUAUUAUCGGGGCCCACCAGAAACGGGUCCAUAAGUCAUCCUGAUAUGUUGGAGGAGGAGCCCCUUUGAAGAGGUUUUUAUCUUAUCGUUUUUGUAUACUAUAAGGAGGCUCUGGUAACUUGUGAUUGCGGUUGCUGUUUUUCUUUAAUUGGUAUUUACUGAACUUCAGAGUUGAAACCUGGUUGUUCAUUACUCUGGCUGGAAGCUCCAUGCUGCCAUCUUCUGUGCUCUGCUGUUGGACAGAGAUCAUACAGUGAGUUUAUGCCUUCAUUCUUUAACAGCCACACGUUGAAAGUGCUGUAGAACUAAACUCUGAGGGAUCGAAAUGUUUUAAGAAGAUACCGUUGAGUAUUGGGCGUAUCUGCAGUAACCCAAAGGAUGUGUGGUUGUAAGAAGUGUUCAUCCUCUGCCUCAGUGUCACUACUUAUUCCCAUCCUAAAUUCCUUUGCCCAACUAAUCUCAAUGUGGUAUCCAGUGCUUUAUGCAAGUAGUCUUUGUUGAUAUUCUGUAUUUUGUAUGUGUUGGAUUUGAAAUAUAAAGUUUCUGAUCCAUUUUAAAGUUCAGAGUUCUACCAAAAUAAAAGUCUACAACAUUUUUAAGUGCAUUUCUAUGUUACUGAGUAGGAGAAAGUCAAAGUUUCUGAUGCAACAACCUCACUGUCUUUUAAAGAAUAUUUUUUACUACACUGGUGGAGCAGUUGGGAAAAGUGAAUAUGAUGUGAUUAGGUAUUUAUUCCACUAAUGCUAUUUAGUUAUGUAAAUGUGUGUAAAAUAAACAAUCAUAACUUUUUUCUGA